AAUUUUUUGUUGUUGCCCCGAUAAGGAGAUAAAGGGUCAAAUAUCAAAGUCAAGGUCAUAUAACCUUCAAAUAAUCGCACGGAAUACCUCCUCGUUGCUCGCAACGAGAUCGUGUCUAGUCUUUUAUCUAUUUUUUUUUAUUGUGGCGUUGUUGCAGGUAUUGUAUUACACUGUGUCGGGGCGGGGGUCUAUCAACUCCGGGUUUGGAUUUCAACCAAAUACUAGGAAAAUCACUCAUCCGUCUUUACUUGGAAUUUUGUCCUUUUUUAUAUAUAUCUCUAUUUCCAACGUUCCUACAUUUCUUCACAUGACCAUUUAGACCAGUUUAUGUUCAGUCAAGAUGGAUUCAAUACCAGAUGAUGCUCAGCACAUUAUAGAGUGUGGAACCGAAAGCUGUGAAAGAUAUGGUGCUUUGUACUGCAACUCUUGUUACCGUUCAAUGUGUGAACAGUGCAGAGAUGACCAUCUGAAGAUUCCAGACAAUAAGGGCCAUGAUGUGGUCCAAUAUCUAUCAAGAAACCACAAAAUCCCCGUGGAGAAGUGUAAGAAGCAUCCAACCAAGGAUUUAGAUCUUCUGUGUGAAGAAUGCCAAAUUCCCUUAUGUUCUAAAUGCGCGAGUCAGGAAACCCACACAAGGCAUAAGUUUCAUGACCUAGAGAAAUUUUAUUCAGAAAAUUGCCAUUCCUGUCUAAAGACACUUCCAAGUAUUCAAAAUUAUUUCAUUCCAACAUCAAAAGAGCUGCAGACAGAAAUUCAAGAAAAUAAAGAAGAAAUAAAAAGGGUCAUGGAAAAUACCCGAAAAGAAGUGAAAGAAGAUACAGAGUUCUUUAAAAAGUUGGCGGACAAAGCAAUGGCUGAAACACUGGAAGAGGUCGAUAGAGUCGAGGAAAAACUACUCGAAGAAUUGAAAUCACAGGACAAAACUGUUGACGAGUACAUAACAUAUCUUCAAAAGCUGGAUGGAGAGAUUCGUGAAUAUCUGUCUGCUUCAAAAGUUACAAACAUUAUAAUCGAACACUCGAAAAAUCUGGAGAUACGACCAAUACCAGAAACAACAAAACCCGUAACACCAACAUACACUGCUGGUCAAUACAGUAAAGAAGAAGUUUCAAAUCUACUUGGUAAGCUUCACGUUGACCAAACAAAACCGGAAUUAAGACGUAUAAAAGCUUUAGAAUCGUGUACAUCCACAAGCAAGGAAGUGAAAGGAGAGUAUCCAAAGGCAUCAAAUGUACAACAAACAGAGUCUCCUUCCGCCUCUGUUAUCAAGGUUCGUGAGUUGACUGUACCAGGUGUUGAGCGUCUUUUCCAUUUAUCAAUAGAUACAGCAGAAAAAGUUUGGGCAAGCGAUAAUUCAGGUAACCUUGUUCAAACCGAUCUUCAAGGAAAUAUGCUACAAGAAAUAAAUACUAGUAGACAAGGCGUUGGUUACCACACAGUCACAGAGAAUGCCGAUUUGAUCUACGCAGACAGAGAAAAUAAAGUCAUUUAUAAAAAAUCCAUGGAUUUAAAAGAAGUAUCUCCAUUCAUCAAAAUUUUUGAAUGGGAGCCCAUCAGCAUACAUUCUUCCCAUAAAAAUGGAGGAAUAUUUGUGGGAAUGAAAAAGACCACGGGUGCGCGCAAUUCAGAUGCGAAGGUCGUUAAGUACAGCAAGUAUGGAAGCUACCUACAUUCAAUACAUAGAGACAAUGACAGAAAUUUAUAUUCUGAACCACAUUACAUUACUGAGAACAUUAAUGGAGAUAUCUGUACGUCCGAUUCUGGAAAACAAGAAGUUGUGGUGGUCAAUGAAGCAAGACAACACAGAUUCUCCUAUAGAGGCCAGAGGUCACCAUUCAAUCCAUACGGAAUAUGCACAGAUACACUUGGGCAUAUCAUUGUUUGCGAUGGUUAUUUUAACAAUGGUACAAUCGACAUUAUAGAUACGGAUGGCGAGUUCUUGACUCAUCUUGUCUCUCAGUCAGGGAUUAUUCGUCCAUACAGCGUGUGUGUGGAUGACAAGAACAAUCUCUACGUUGGGUACUCCUCGUCUAACACAAUAAAUGUGUACAAAUAUCUCCAGUAAUUCUAUAUUAUAGUGUAUUGCUCAUCCCAGUUGUACAUGGUGCAGUUCAUGGGUUAUAAAUAAAAGAGAAAAAAGAAUUCAUUGAUUUGCCAUGUUUGAUGAAUAAAAGAGAGUAUUCAUAA